GCUGUCUUGGGGUUUAGGGUUCUGAGUCACGCCGGCAAGGCUGCAAGUCAUACCCCGUUAGCCACACUGACCUCUCAGAGCGUCAGCACUGCGGGCUCCGCUGCACAAAAGGUCUGGGGACUCCCCGUCUCUGGCCCAGCCCGAGAGUCACUGAGCUGCAGGGAGGUGUCUGGGAUGUAGCACAAACCAGAGACUCCGCAGGCUGAGCGUGGGGCGCCAGGCCAAGGGGGUAAAGAGAAGCUACGGCCUCAGAGCUUCCCAGCCAUAUCCUGAUCCUUCUAAGAAAAGUGCUCCAGCUUCCUCUCCAGGGAUUAAAACAUACAAACACAGGAGCUACUUCCAUGGAAAGAGGCUCCCGGCCUUGACUGGUCUUACACUGCCUCCACUAGCAGUGGUGUGAAAGACACACACGUGCACUCACACGUGAGCUGCUAGGAGCAAAUGCUGGUGCUGCCGCAUCCCGCUGCCCCCGCGCUGAUGGGCUGGUGCCUGAAUGAUGCCAUAACAAGCGCACCUGACACUGACUCGCUCUUAGCCAGGCGUUAUUCUAAGCAUUUUACAUGUAUUAACUCGUUUAACCUUUACCACAGUCCUUUGAGGUAGGGACCAUCAUUGCACCUGUUUUAUAGAUGAGGAAACUGAGGUCUGGACCGAGUAAGUCACACAGGAUCACACAGGGAGUGGCAGAGCUGCCGUGUGAAACGAGGCCAUGUGGCUGCAGGGCCUAUGCUCUGAACCUCGCUGGAUUUGAGGGGAUCUGGGUUCAGAUCUGGCCUCUGUCACCUACUUAGUGACCUGAGGGCAUUCGACGAGAAUUUGCCAGCCCCUAAACUAGUGAAUCACCAGGGUCCCUAGCACCUUCCAGCUCAAAGGAAACCGGCGAGGAUGGAGCAGAGCCAGGAGGAGGCUAAGCCUUAGGGAGUCGGGAAGGGCAGCAGGCCAGAAGUACAGGUGUCUGGCAUAUUAAAUAACAGACAGACUCAGUGGCUAAAUCGUGUCCUCUCAACGGCUUAGUUACGUAGAGAUGCAGCUUCCUUAUUUUUGCUGAGUUGGCCUCCGGUUGGCAGAUUGGGCACAUGGAUUGCUGGUGACACGCUAUGCAGGACCAGGGAAAAAGAAAUGGAGGAGGGGAGGAGAGGCAGAGAGAGUGGAACUCGGCUCCCAAAUCAGAUCCCGUUAAUGACAACACAUAUCUGGACACACGUCACUCGUUCUAAUUCCCCGCCCCAGGCUGACACGGCUCAUCAGGACUCCUCGAGGGACCUCCUCAAGAAGGGGGAUCCGUCUUGACUCAGGGCUCUCGGCAGCCUCUGCUGACGGCUGCACCUGUCCAGCCCUCCCAGAGUCCCCACUUCGUCCCUCUGGGGUAUGGCCAAGGACUAAUGGACCCCAACAGGGGACUUUCCUUUUGAGUGCUCUGGGUGGCAUCUUAGGAGACACCCUGGAGCCUUUUAAAGAUUAAUUUUCUCUUUCCCUCACUCUCUUCUGUGUUUUCUUUAACGGUUUGCAACCCAGCACCAUCUGGACGUGGGGCAGGGCCCUAGAGAGGUAGGGCGUCAGAAGGGCAGAGUCCGUGUUUGAGAGCUGGCGGCUCCUGAGAGGCCCCCUUGCCCAUGCUCCCGGGCUGGCGCAUGGGAAGCCAAAGCCCAGCUGGAAAGAGGAACUUGGGCUGGCACCAGGCCUUGGUUUCUAAAGCCGUAACAAAUGUCCACAAACUUAGUGGCUUUACAAAUGAUUACAGGUAUUGUGUUAUGAUUCCAGCCAUCAGCAAUCUAGCGCGGGUCUCCCUAGAAUCGAAGCCAGGCGGCAUCAGCUUAGGCUGCACAUGUCUGUGGGGUCCUCAAGGGAGAAGUGGUUCCCUGCCUAUUUGAGUUGCUGGCGGAACUCGGUUCGUGUGGUUGUAGGUCCAAGGUCAGUUUUCCUGCCGGCUGCUGCGUUCCUUGGCUCACAGCCUCCUUCCUUCAUCUUCAAAAGAAACAACAGGAUCCGAGCACAGACGUGGACGUCUGUGAGGGCCGUUACUCUGCCCAGCACGCAGUGCGAUGCCCACUGUGGGAGAGUGACUGGUUCUGGACCACAGAGCCGGGCAGAGGAGUGGCACCACGGUGAUGCCCUUGCAGCUCCGUCACUGAUGCUGUGACACCCCUGCCCCCGACAGCCCGCCACAUGGAGAGUCUCCUUUGUCAGCCCAGCAGUGGCAGGCGCUCAGUCACUGGCACAUACCGAUGAUGGAGAGUAGAGGCUGACGCAGGAUGCGGGGGAUUCGGCCCAGGCUCUGUGGCUCCCUCUCUGCGUCUCAGACUCCGCGACUGGCCAGGUCACAUGAGCGAAGCAGCAUGGACGCCGUCAGCCAGGUCCCCGUGGAAGUGGCGCUCCCCAAGCACAUCCUGGACGUCUGGGUCAUCGUCCUCAUCAUCCUGGCCACCAUCGUCGUCAUGACCUCCUUGCUGCUGUGCCCGGCCACGGCCGUCAUCCUCUACCGCAUGCGGACUCAUCCUGUGCUCAGUGGGGCCGCCUGAGGCCUCGCGCGCGGGGAGGUGAGGGAUGAGGCCCGCACCCCCGCCCCCGGCCCCGUCCCUUUCUCAGAAAAGCAAAGCAGGGACUUGGGAACGUGGACUCUGGAGCUUGAUGUGUGAGGGAAUCGGAGUUCUGCUUCUGAUUCUGCCACCGGCCAGCGCUGGGAAUUCAGUCAAGUGACCUAAUGCCGCGAGUUCCUGGUUCCUCGUCGUCCGGGGGGAUCACGAUCCUGCCCGUCCUACCUCAUGGGGCCGCAAGAACCGGUGACCUAGGGGAGGUGACCGCUGUUAACGAGCAGGUGCAGGUGUUGCUGCUGAAAGCUGGGGCGCUUUGGAGAACCCAGGACCCAGAUGGCUGGUGAGGCCCUCAAGGCGGAGGGGGAGGGGAGACGCGGGGGCAAAGCAGCCUCUGCCAGGGCGCCUCAGGAGAAACCCAGCAAAGGCAUCCUGUCCUCAUGCCAAGGGACCAACAGCAGUGGCUCAGGGUUAUUUUCCUUGAGGUGCCACUCCUCGAGGUCACUAAUUUGGGAGGGAAUUGAGCAUGGCAUGGGGAGGGAGAUGGGUGGGUCUUCCCAGAACCUUCUCUGCAUCAGAAUCUGUGCCCCUGUGCUGUCUGGGAGGGGCCCCCAUUUCUUGGCGGUGCGAAGGGACCUGGGGCGAUAGGCUACCUUCUGCAUGGGCGUCCCAUGGCUUGGACACUCAGGCACUGUUGGCAGAGGCAGGGUGGCUGAGUUCCCUGGCCAGCUCUCGGCAUCUCCAGCCUCUGCCCCCCGCCCACCCGUGCCCCUGUGCCCCUGCUCCUGCUAUAACUAGCUUCACCGCCUGUGUAUCCCCUCCUGCCCUCCCCCCGGUGCUGCGACCAUUCCAAGGUACAGACUUAGAUGUUAAAAGAUGUUCCUGGCACUUCUGGAACUGACUCAAACAACAACGUUUGUUUUAAAUGCUAUGAUUUAUAUUUAUAUGUAGAAAGAUUUCUGGACCACUUAAGCUCUUUGAGCAAAAUCAGGAGCAUCUGGGGAUUUGUUAAAUUAUGUAAGAAGAUGGCACAGAUAUCAAGAUAUUAUUGUGUAAAAACAAUGCUUUUACUCUGAUCUAAUUUCACUGAUGUACUCAAAUAAUUUCCAAUAAAGUGCUAGAAUGAG